AUGGGCAGGGUUUCCUUCAGCGUUCGAGUCGGCUCGGUGCGGAGAGCCCGCUGUACGUGUCAGGGGCGAUGCCACCUCUCGUGCAGAGUGCCUCUCCCGCCGGGCGCCGUCCACGCGCCGAGCGGAGCGGGCUGCGCGCGGGCGCCCUCGGGGGCUGCAGGUGCAGCCGUCGGAAGCGGCCCCCCGGGGAUCCACGGCUUCCUCUCCGCGCCAGCGGCGCACGCGGCCGGCAGCUGGAAGGAGCGCGCCGGCGCCUCGCCCGCCCCAGACGUAAGCCUCGCUGAUGACAAUAACAUGGGUGAUGGUUGUUCCCAGAAACUGGCGACUGCUAAUCUUCUCCGCUUCCUCCUGCUCGUCCUGAUUCCGUGUAUCUGUGCUUUCAUUGUCCUGCUGGUGACCCUGCUUUCUUUCGUUGGAACAUUAAAAAAGGCCUAUUUUAAGUCAAAUGGGAGUGAACCUGUGGUCACGGACGGUGAAGUCCAAGUGCCUGAUAUUAUUCUUACAAACACAACUUAUAACCAGAGCGUGUUGGCAUCUACUGCACCUCCCAACCCACACACUACAGCCUGGACUGCAGAAGUUGCUGUCUCGGAGAACCAAAGUCACAGGAAUACAAGUGCCUGCAUCAGCAUCCCCCACAGCCAGUGUCAGAUGCUGCCCUACCAUACCACGCCUGUCUUCUCAAUCAUCAAAAACGUGCAGAUGGAGAAGUUCCUCAAGUUCUUCACGUACCUCCAUCGCCUCAGUUGCUACCAACAUAUCAUGUUAUUUGGCUGUAGCGUCGCCUUCCCCGAGUGCAUCGUUGAUGGUGAUGACAGUCGUGGCCUCCUGCCCUGUAGAUCUUUUUGUGAGGCUGCAAAAGAAGGCUGUGAAUCCAUCCUGGGGAUGGUGAACUCCUCCUGGCCCGAUUUUCUGAAAUGCUCGCAGUUUAGAAACCAAACUGAAAGCAGCAAUGCCAGCAGGAUUUGCUUCUCACCGCAGCAGGAAAAUGUGAAGCAACUGCUCUGCGGAGGGGGCGAGAGCUUUCUGUGUGCCAGUGGACUCUGUGUCCCCAGGAAACUGCAGUGCAAUGGCUACAACGACUGUGAUGACUGGAGCGAUGAGGCGCAUUGCAACUGCAGCGAGGACCAGUUUCACUGCCACACAGGCAAGUGCCUUAAUCACAGCCUUGUGUGUGAUGGAUAUGAUGACUGUGGGGACCUGAGUGAUGAGCAAAACUGUGAUUGCCACCCCACGAAAGAGCAUCGCUGUGGGGAUGGGCGCUGCAUUGCGGUUGAGUGGGUCUGUGAUGGUGACCAUGACUGCGUGGACAAGUCUGAUGAGGCCAAUUGCUCCUGUCACAGCCAGGGUCUGGUGGAAUGCAGCAGUGGACAGUGCAUCCCCAGCAGUUUCCAGUGUGAUGGAGACGAGGACUGUAAGGAUGGGAGUGACGAGGAGAACUGCAGUUACAGUCAGCCUCCAUGUCAAGAAGGAGACGAAGGAUGCCUCUACAAUCCCUGCCUUGAUUCAUGUGGUGGGAGCGCACUCUGUGACCUGAACACCAAUUUGAAUAACUGUAGUCAAUGUGAACCAAUCACGCUGGAACUCUGCAUGAAUUUGCCCUACAAUCAAACAAAUCUUCCAAAUUACCUUGGCCACAGGACCCAGAAGGAAGCAUCGAUCAGCUGGGAGUCCUCUCUCUUCCCUGCGCUUGUUCAAACCAAUUGCUACAAAUACCUCAUGUUCUUUGCUUGCACAAUUUUGGUACCCAAGUGUGAUGAGAAUUCAGGCCAACGUAUCCCCCCUUGCAGAACGCUGUGUGAGCACUCCAAGGAACGUUGCGAGUCUGCUCUUCUCAUCGUAGGCCUGCAGUGGCCUGAAGACACAGACUGCAGUCAGUUUCCAGAGGAAAAUUCAGACAAUCAGACCUGCCUAAUGGCCGAUCAAGAUGUGGAAGAAUGUUCCCCCAGUCACUUCAAAUGCCGCUCGGGACGGUGUGUUCUGGCUUCCAGGAGAUGUGAUGGCCAGGCUGACUGUGACGACGACAGUGAUGAAGAAAACUGUGGUUGUAAAGAAAGAGACCUGUGGGAGUGUCCAUCCGAUAAACAGUGUUUGAAGCACACAUUGGUCUGUGAUGGGUUCCCAGACUGUCCUGAUAAUAUGGAUGAAAAAAACUGCUCAUUUUGUCAAGCCGAUGAACUGGAAUGCGCAAACCACGAGUGUGUGGCACGCGACCGGUGGUGUGACGGGGAAGCCCACUGCGCGGACAGUUCCGAUGAAUGGGAUUGCGUGACCCUGUCUAAAAAUGUGAACUCCUCUUCGGUGCUGACUGUUCACAGAUCUGCUACAGAACACCACGUGUGCGCAGACGGCUGGCAGGAGACGUUGAGUCAGCUGGCUUGCAAGCAGAUGGGUUUAGGUGACCCAUCUGUGACCCAGUGGAUACAGGACCAGGACAAAGGCCAGCACUGGCUGACAUUACACUCCAAUUGGGAGAGCCUCAAUGGAACCACUUUGCAUGGACUGCUGGUGAAUGGGCAGUCCUGCCAGAGUGGAAGUAAGAUUUCUCUUCUGUGUACUAAACAAGACUGUGGGCGCCGCCCUGCUGCCCGGAUGAACAAGAGGAUCCUGGGAGGUCGGACAAGUCGCCCUGGAAGAUGGCCGUGGCAGUGCUCUCUCCAGAGUGAACCUAGUGGACACAUUUGUGGCUGUGUUCUCAUUGCCAAAAAGUGGGUUCUCACAGUGGCUCACUGCUUUGAGGGGAGAGAAAAUGCUGCCCUUUGGAAAGUGGUGCUCGGCCUCAACAAUCUGGACCACCCAUCGGUGUUCAUGCAGACACGCUUCGUGCAGUCCAUCAUCGUGCACCCUCGCUACAGCCGUGCAGUGGUGGACUACGACAUCAGCAUCGUGGAGCUCAGCGAAGACAUCAAUGAGACCAGCUACGUGCGUCCUGUCUGCUUACCCAGCCCCGAGCAGUCGUUGGAACCUGAUACAUACUGCUACAUCACAGGCUGGGGCCACAUGGGCACCAAAAUGCCUUUUAAGCUGCAAGAGGGAGAGGUGCGCAUUAUUUCUCUGGAACAGUGUCAGUCCUACUUUGACAUGAAGACCAUCACCACCCGGAUGAUAUGUGCUGGCUACGAGUCCGGCACAGUUGACUCCUGCAUGGGUGACAGCGGCGGGCCCCUGGUUUGCGAGCAGCCUGGAGGACGGUGGACAUUGUUUGGUUUAACUUCUUGGGGCUCCGUCUGCUUUUCCAAGGUUCUGGGACCUGGAGUUUAUAGCAACGUGUCCUACUUUGCCAAAUGGAUUGAAAGAGAAAUCUAUACCCAGACCUUUCUCCUAAGCUAAUUCCAAGGAUGAUCAGAGGCUAGUACCAGAAACACUCAAAAGGAAAUGACCUUGUGGAUAACGAGCUUCCUGCAAGAGCGCUGGCCAGAAGCACUUCUCCUGGACGGGGAUGCUCAGACGCAUACUACAAACGUUCCUCUGCGUCUUGGAUUCAUUUUAAUCAGCUUCUUUUCAAAGUUUAAGAAAACAAGGCAAAGUGCUUUUUAUUUUUUUGUCAGGCCUAACCUUAACUAGAGCAUAAAAUUAAGUCUGGGGAGAUUUAAAAAUAAGGCAGGUGCUAAGAGAGCAGGUCACAGAAAGUUCCUUCAUAGACUAUCACAAAGAAGAUGUUGCCAUCCAGGCUAAUCUCUAUCAAUUCUUGUAUCUCACAUACACAGUAAGUAGCUUAGGCGAAAUUUUCAGUAUUAACAUGGGAUGCUUGCUUUUGACUUAUUAAAAGCGAAGAUGAUUUACAUGCUUAAAUUAUUUACUAUUACUCUUCUGAAGUUUGCAUAAUCCUGGGAUAUAUGACAGAGGUAGAAGACCAAAAGCAUCCACUUAGGUAGCUAAAAUAGCAAGAAAUGUGGAAUGUCAUGUUUCUCAGACAUCAAAAUUAAUACUUGAUAUAAUAGAAUGGUUAAUUCUGGAUUUAAAUCAAAGUUUUGAUUUUAUAGCAAAUUCUAUAGAGAACUUUCCUCAUAUCUGGUGUUUGUUCAAUUGCUUAAUUAUAUUGUAUUAGUUGACUGAGAUUUCAACAAAUAGGUGAAUAUUUCAUGGAAAAUAUGUUUGCCCAUAUGACAAUGAAGUGGUGAUUAAAUUUUGCCAAAGGAGAACUUGCUGUAGACUGGAAAGAUGCAAUAUUUUAAAAAGAAGUUAAAUAUGAAAAUUUAGUUUUUCUAUGUCCAUCCUUAGAAAUAGUCACAGGAAUAUUUCAAAACCUAGUAAAAUUUUGCAACUUUCCCCAAAGAUGUCUAACAUGUUGCCAUUUCUUUUCUAACAAUUAAAACAUGACUUUAAAGAUGCUUUUAUGCACUAAGCCACUUUACACAAAUCAACUUCUGAAGCAACUGGUGGCUACUUUUUUCCACUUAAAAGCUUCAACACACAAAUUUCACAUAUAAUUAACCAGGCAUACAUUUUGCAAUACCCUAAUGCCUUUUGAAUAAGUAGGAUCCCCUGCUAGCCCCACCAGCAACCUGGGCUGCCUUGACAUCCCAAAGAGAGACUGCCUGCAAUUUUAUAUACAUAUUUUUAUACUCUUUUCUAUGUGUUCACAUAUUUGAAGCUCAAAGUUGUCUUGACACUUACCAUGUUGUUCAUUUCCUGUCCUAGAGUUUGUGUAAACCUAAUAAGUAUGAAAUCUUCCAAUUGAAUUGCUUUCACAAAUAUAUGUAAGUUCAAGAACAUACAUCAGUCUUGUUACAGAUGUAGGUGUGUACUUACUGGCACAACUUUUAGCCUUGCUCAACUUGCAAAUAAAGUGGUAUAAAUCUCAGGAAA